GCUAUCCACAGAAAAGGACUGUGGAAAUCACCACAGUUGGUAAUCAUUUAUAUACUUCUUCCGAUACUUCCACAGGACCACCAUCUCCGCAAGUUGAAAUACACCACUUAAGACAGAAUCAAGUAGUACACAUUACCAUUGCUCUAUAACGACCAUGUCUAAGAUCUACGUUUGCUCUACUUCUCCGGGCUGCAACGCGAUUUUUACCAAGUUCUUCGAGUUCAAGAAACACGAGGCCGGACAUUUAAAAAAUGGGUACCGCUGCACCUGGCCCGAAUGCGACUUUGUGACAAAGACGAAAACUAGCUACCAAAUACAUUCCGCUAGACAUACGGGCGAGCAACGUCACAUCUGUGAACACGAUGCUUGUGACUUCAAGACUCAUGACCCUGCCAGCUUCACACGCCACCGCCAGAACAAACAUGGGUAUGUUGCUCAGGCGCGCGGUCGUGGUGCCGCUGCCAAAAAAGGGUCGGGCGGGACUAUGCCGUCGUCCCAACCCCCGGCACAGCCCUCGCCCCCGGCAGAGCCCCUCCCCACUGGUGUAUUCCACCAAUACAGACUUCAACUACAACCCCUGCCACCACAACCGAUGCAACUGCAGCCCGUACCACCACAACCAAUGCAAUUGCAGCCCGUACCACCCCAACCGAUGCAACUGCAACCCACACCACCCCAACCGAUGCAACUGCAACCCACACCACCCCAACCGAUGCAGCUGCAGCUCACACCACCCCAACAGAUGCAGCUGCAGCUCACACCACCCCAACAGAUGCAGCUGCAGCCCAUCCAACCCCAACCGAUGCAGCUGCAGCCCAUCCAACCCCAACCGAUGCAGCUGCAGCCCACACCACCCCAACCGAUGCAGCUUCAGCAUGUGCCGUCCCAACCCAUUCCCCAACCCAUGCUACUGCAACCCAUUCAACGACAACCCACACCGCCGCAACCGAUGCCACUGCAGUCCAUUCAACCGCAAUUCAUGCUGCCCUGGCCCAUACAAUCCCAUCCCACCCAACACAAACCUCAUCCCACUCAAUACCAACCCGCUCCACCUAUCUGCAACCCAUCGUUAGGGAUCUUAUACGGGUCAAUAGAUGCCGUGGACGAUUAUACCAUGUAUACCGGACCCGCGAGGGCCUCCAAUGGGUGGACUGAGGGGUGCAUGUGUCCUGAAUUGAUGCAGAAACAUCCUUCGGAGAUAGUAGGCCAUGAAUAUUAGCUUUGUUAGUUUUGUAUAGUCUUAAGACACGAGAAUUAUCUGUUACGUUUUCUUUCUUUCUUGGCUAUGUUUUUCUUUGCUGUUUGUGUAUCUGGGGAUUCACGUACUUGUUUGUAUAUAUCCUUUAUGUAAAAGCGUUUUGUCUAAAGGCUAAUACGCUCUUUUGUCAAUGCAACACGGUCCAAGUUGCAAAUGAAACUUUCGCCUCCC